AUGGCACGCGUAGAGCUGAAACGGUCACUUCCAGAGGACGACGAUGCACGGCGACAAAGAAGAAAAUUCGUCGCUUGCCAACGAUGCCAUGCGCACAAGAUAAAAUGCUCCGGCGAUCAACCAUGCAGCAAGUGCUGUGCGGUAGGCGUUGCCGAUGAAUGUGCUUAUGCGUCCCGCGAUCGUCAGGUCAAAUGCUGCUGGUUUCUGACGAUCUCCCAUAGCUACCUUGGCCAACUCGAGUCGGAACUUCGGCGCUUGAAAGAGCAAUUGGUAAGCUCGGUUGGUGCGACCGAAGCUCAACCUCCACAUGUGGGACGGUCUGUCACAGUCUUGUCCGAGCCUCAAACUCAUCAAUGCUUAUCAGCGUACAGAACGUCAUCUCGUCCUGUGGAAGCUCCAGAUGCAACCGGUAUUCAGAACCCACUGAUAGGUGAUCGCGCCUGGUUCCAUCGCUAUGACCCGUCGUCACCGCCGAUCUACAUUGGUGAAGCGGCGUGUUCGGCUUUUGCGACACGGUUUCGUCGUUUUUUAACUGGCAAUAAUGCCACGGCUCAUAUUGCGCGUACACAGUGGACGCGGGAAGAGACUAUCGCUGCUGCUGCUGCCAACGAGGCGGAGGUCCAGUGGCCCAGUCUACAUCAUGCGAGGCUGCUGGUCAGGAUCGCUAUUCAUCAGAUUGGAUAUUUGUAUCAUCUGAUGAUGCGCAAGGCAACGCUGGAUAAACUGGAAGAGAUAUAUCAGACAGAGGAAUUCGACUGCAAGACGAACAAGUGCAAAUUCUUCGCCCUAUUUGCUUUUGGACAAGCUUAUUCCAUCCGUGCGGAAUCUACGUCUGGAUCCCGUGUGCCGGGGACCGCCUACUUUGCGAAGGCCAUGAGCUUGGUUCAGAUACUCCCUGAGAGAACAAGCAUUACUCACCUGGAGACUUUGUUGUUACUAUCACUAUUCUCAUACUAUCUGAACCGCCGUCACUCCGCAUACAUCUUAAUCGGCAAUGCCAUGCGAAUGGGUCUUACAAUCGGGUUAAAUCACAACAUCCCCGAAUCUCAACUCAUCGAUCCGGUCGAGCGACAGCACCGAAUCGAAAUUUGGUGGACGAUAUACAUCUUCGAUCGCAUGUGGGGCUCCAAAAUGGGACUCCCUAUGCAAAUCCUCGACGAAGAUAUUCACGUCGACAUGCCAACGCCCAUCUCUCCACGCUGGAGACACGAGGAAGAACUUUCUGAUACAGAAUACAUGACAGCCAAUAUAAAGCUGGCUCAGAUAGUCGGCGAAACCAUAACAAAACUUUACAGCCGGCGGAAAUACCAAGAAACAUUCUUGCAGCGUGUGCAGAAACUCUUGAAGGCCCUGAAGCACUGGGUGGAGACGUUGCCCGAGAGUCUGCGGCUGAAUAUGGAAGAUCUAGAAUCCAGCAAGAAACCCAUCGUCUCAUUACAUAUGGCUUUCAACCAAUGUGUCAUACUUUCCACUCGUCCCACACUCUUGCACCUUCUUAUUACUCUCCGCAAAGCUGAAUCGACUGGCGCAGGCCGGGAAGCAGUUUCACAACCCGUGUUGACGCUGAGUGAGGCUUGUAUUCAUGCCGCGCGCCAUUCCCAUUCUAUGAUCCUCACACGAUGGAUUAACGGCACGAUGCCCACAUUCGGAUACUUCCAUGCUCACUAUCUCUUCUCCUCGGCAUUGAUCUUGGCUAUGUCCAGCUUUGUCCCAAUCGGAAACUCGAACGAUAUGAGUGGAUUUGACUCAGCACUAGAUCUACUGCGAUCUAUGACAGAGAAUGGAAAUUUGGCUGCCGCGGAAUUCUACCACAACCUGGAGCAGGUGAAAGUUUGUCUGGAUGCGUAUCGAGGCAAUACUUCUGGUGGACCGCGAAAGCAGGAGGGGUUGCUGGAGAGUAAUCCUAGUUCUAUCAAUCUGGGACCCAGUACAAAUUGCAUUGCUGCUCCAACCCCAGCCCCGGCCCCUGGGUCCAGCUCUGGACCCAGUUCAGACCUUGGCCUGGCAGCAUCCUCGGUAACUUUACCGAGUGUACUUUCUAGCGAGCAUGCAGCACCGAUCAUGUCAAACGGUAAUCUUAUGUUGACCGGACAGUCGCAUGGCGAUGCUGAUGCCCACGCAUUGGCUGCCAGGGAUACAACCAGUGGAUACACCACCGAAAUGGCAUUCCUGGAGCCUACGAUGCAAGACUUCUUAGCACAGUCCGAUAUUGAUCUUGGGCUGCUCCACCCCGUUGAUACGUUUUUGAACGAAGCAGAGAACUUGUAUACCUGUCAUGAGCUCUAG